AGACACAGGUAGGCACUGUGUUUGAGUAUAUUGUUCCCCCUUCUUCCAUGUGGAUGACUAUGAACAAAAGGGCAGACUCUUCUCCUAAUCGAGCUAAUGGAGUGGGAACAAGCUGGUGGCUGAACUAGAUGGGCAGCGACAGGUAGAAGGGCCUCCAGGGGGAUUUGAGGGGAGUCUGAGGUGAGGACUCUGAUUGGCAGGACACAGGGGUGAUAAAAAGCCCUGGCUUGUUCAGAGUCUGAGGAGCAGACAGUGACAAGUGCUGUGGUUCAUGUUAGCCGUCCACACCACUAAAGAAUAACUUCAGAGCUGAUAAACAGCUGUUAGAGUAUUUUAUUCAGUAGUCAACACACUGGGUUUGGCUGCAGCUGAGAUGACACUGCAAAAGAAGAUGUCACAAUGGAGGCCCGGCCUGGUGCUGUGCUGGCUUCUAUUCUGGAUCUCUUUUCAACCGGACUCCCUCCACCGGGCGUCAGCGGUCAACCUGCGGCGCUUCAUUGGCUGUGCCGUCCGGGAGUUCACCUUCCUGGCCAAGAAGCCCGGCUGCGGGGGCCUGCACAUCACCACCGACGCCUGCUGGGGGCGCUGUGAGACCUGGGAGAAGCCCGUUUUGGACCCUCCCUUCAUUGAGUCCUACCAGCGGGUCUGUACCUACAACGAGACCCGCCUGGUCACCGUCAAACUGCCCAACUGCCUGCCGAACGUCGACCCAAUGUACACCUACCCCGUCGCGCUGAGAUGCGACUGUGAUGUCUGUCUGACCAGCACCACUGAAUGUAUUACAUCUGUGUAACACACAUCUGAACAUGCAGAAAAUACACUUUUUAAAACUGUAUGCUUUCGCUUUUAAUCACUCAGAUAUUUUUAUGUCAUUGGUUGAAUCAGGUUUUCCUGCUGUUAAACAAUGCAAAUGUAAGAUGGCUAUCUGUUCUACUCUGUUAGCAACUUGUUAUGUUUACUUUUGAGAAUGUAAAAGAUAUGGUUUGGGAAAUCUAAUCUAGAAUAGAUCUAGAAAUAAUUCACCAUUGUAAAAAUAAGGUUUUGUUAGAUUUCUGCCCUGCUUACGAUGUAAAGAAGCCCUUUUAUUCAUCAAUCAGUUGUAUAUGGAAAAUGCUGUCAGUUUGAGCUCUAACCUACAGUUCAUAUUAAUAAAUCAAUUACAUCUUGGUCUGCUGCAUUA